CCAUUACAAUCCUUCCCUUUUUUCACAGAAUUUUUUCUGAAUUAAUUUAUGGCUAUUGCUCUUCCCUAAAUAUGGUAUAUGAGAAUUAUUUUAACGACAUAUCAAAUUAUGAAAAAAGUAAUUUAUCUUCCUCAUUUGACUUUUCAUCUACAACUGAUGAUAGUUCGUCUUAUGUGGACAAAAAGAAGAUAGGACUGUUUUAUACCUUAAGGAAUAUAUUAUCCUUGAUUAUCCGGGGUGUAAAAAUUGACAAGUGCUAUUUAAAUAUCUUAAGUGAUUGCUCAGUCCUAUGUUUUUUGGACAAUAGCGGAAUUCUUGUAAAUACUAAUCAUAGCAUUAAAGAAAUAUGUAUUUAUAAUAGUUUAAAUAAUAAGAAAGAUGUUUCUAUAAAUAAUGGCGUAAAGAAUUUUCCAAAGAAUUAUAAUUAUCUAUUAACAGUUAUUGAUAUAUUUAUGGAUAAUAAAAGUAUGUAUGCUUAUCAACGUAUAAAAAAUAUUAAGCUAUUGCAUUCCUUAUUCUUGUUAUCGUAUUAUACGCAAAUACCAAAAUAUCUUAGGGUACUAGACGAAUUUAAGAAUAACAUUUUGAAUUAUAUGAACCAAUGUGAUUAUAGUUACUUAUACAUUUGUAUGUGUGAUAUUGGAAAUAUUUCAUUUCCUUACAACAAAUUUGUCUUUCACAUGCUCUUUUUUUGUAUUGAAAACAAAAGCGAUUACGAAUUAUACAAGAGAAAAAACUCAGAGAUAAGAAAGCAUAAAAAGAUAGAGAUUUCAAAAAAUGAAAUACCUUACGACGUAAAUGAUAAUUCAUUGGGAAUAAAUAUUUAUGAUAAUUUAAUAUCUAGAGAUAAUUUUGUUUUCAUAUUUAUUUUCCAUGAAAAGAAAAAGGAGAAAUAUCACAUGUUUCUCAAGGGACAACUAGAAGCUUUGGUUAAUAAAUGCAUGUUUUACUACGAUGGGAAGGCAAUAAAAAAAUUAAAAAGAAGAAAGAAAAAAGUUUUGAGAAUUUUAAAUAUGCAAUGGAUUUCAUCAGGCAUUGAAAGCAUCUGCUUUGCUUACAGGCCACUGAGUUCAGACGAAGUAACUUAUUUAAAAGAAAAUUUUAGCAAAAAUAUUUAUAUCAUAACGAUUAAUAAAAAGAAGGUGUAUAAUAUCAAAAAUUUUUAUAAUGAAAAACCAUUUCCAAUAAAAGAAAACGAAAAGUUUUUAUCUCAUUUGUUAUCUACAACUAUAUUUAUUGGAAACUCUGCGGUCAAACUUUUGACGAACAACGAAAUUCAAACCAGGAUAAAUGAUUUUUACGAUGCCGGAAUAAGGUUUGUACAUUUUAGUAAGACUGACCAAAUAAAUACUAGGAAUGUAGCAAACUUGCUUGGUAUGGAAACAAAUUGGAAUACAUCCAUCUCAUUGAGCCUUAAUGAUAAGCCCAGCUUCAAAAACAGAGACGGCAAAGUUGUCAUUCCGAGUGGAAUAAAUAAUAUAAAGACACACAUAAAAGAGGUUGAUGAUAUUCCGUUGCGUGUUUCGUCUUACUCAGGGUGCAAUCAGUUUAACACAGCUGAGAUGAUAAAGAUUUUGUUGGAAAACAAUGAAAUAAUAACAUGUGUAGGAAAUAGUUUGAACUGUAGUAACUUUGAACUUUACAAUUUGUGUAAUUAUUCAAUAUCUGUAUUAUUACCUUUUAAUAAUAUUUGCAAAGAUUGUUAUGGCAAAAAAGAAAAAACAAACCCUUUUGAAAAUAAUUCAUCAAAAAACAACCCCUUGAUGUUAUACUCAUCUUUUAUAAAUAGUUUCCCAUGCAACUUAAUUAUUGAGAAAAACAGUUUGGAUUUAUCUCAAAAUGUGAUGGAAUUGGUUUAUAAGUUAUUAAAGAGUUCAAGAAUUCACAAAAAAAAUGUGUCUUUAAUGAUAUUUUUUUUUUACUUUUACUAUUCAUAUUUAUCUUUUUUAGUAUUUAUAAUAUCAAUCUUUUUCCUACCUCCAUUCAUAUCGGUUGUUGAUUAUCUUUUAUUUAUUUUGUUAAUCAUACCCAUGCUAUCGAUAUGUUUGUUGCGAAAUAAUAAUAACUCAACCAUUAUGAACGACAUACCAGACAAAGUUAUAUCAAAACAGUUCUUAACAAAAAAGAUGAUUUUUUUUUUGAUAAAAUGGAUCCCCAUGCUCGUUUUCUCCAUCAUCCUAUCGUGCUAUUACUUACAACUGAUAAACAAAAAUUUUGUCAGAAAUUAUAUAAUUUCGGGAUCCUUUAAUACUUAUAAUAUGACUCAUGAUUUGAAAAUAACUUUCUUGAAAGACAUAAAUUACUACUGCAAUGAUAAUAUAUAUUUACUUGGAUCCUUUUACAAGUGCCAAUUAUUAAUUUACAGUUUCUUUAAAAAUGAAAAUAUGGACAACGUGAAUAUGGUUGAUACAAUGAUUAAACAAUCUCAAAUUUUUUUCUUCUUUUAUUUUUCGCUUUUUUUUUUCGUUUCCUCUCUAUCAAACAGCGAUAAAUUUGAACCACUUUACAAAUUAAGUUGUGUUCAAAAUUCCAAGACGUAUUUUUCGUGUUUGUUUUUAUUUCUUGUUUUAAGUUUUCUAUACGUGCUGUUUAGAAUAUAUAUGCUUCCUCUGGAGUUUUUGAAGCAGUAUCCUGAUACCGUUUUAAUAACCCUAAUGGUUAUAUUCAAUGUAGUCAUAUUAAUAAUAAAUGAAAUAUUGAAAAAGGUCGAACAGCGAAUAAAAAUCAAUCGACAGAAAUAUCUCAAAGUUUUAUUUGGUACUCGAUUGGGAAUGUGGAGUCCAAAAUGA